AUGAUGAGAGGGACCUGGCCAAAGAAGGCUUCGUCGGCAAUACUCUCUCCUGGUCGCAGUACUGUGACGCGCUCGUCUCGUUGCGCACACGAUAUGAGGAUAUCAGUAGUGAGCUUCGAGACGCUGUGCAAGAGGCAGCGGCCAACCCCCAGGAGGGUUCUGACGACGAGUCUGAGGGGAAGCCUGACGACGAGUCUGAAGACGACGACGACGACGACGAUGACGAUGACGACGACGACGACGACGACGACGACGACAAUGACGACGACGCUGGCCAUGGUGGACGUGCCGAAGGCAAUGGAAGCGAUUCCAACGAUGACGGAGCCUCGGACGGUGGAGGCAUGGACUCCAACCAAGGCUCCGAAUUCGACGCCCAUGACGAUCUGGACGCGAUCGAGGCAGAUCUCGACCACGACGCCGGCGUCGAUCUGGAAGACAUCGAGGCAGGUGUCAGCAAUGACACCAAGAAGCCCGAUGAUCCCAAAGACGACGCCAAUAAGGCGCCGCGGGCUCCAUUACCAGGUAUGAAUCUCGCGGAGCUGAGUGCGGUCAUGGAAAUGCAACAGGCUCGAGAGAAGACGGAGGCCGCAAAAGGCCGAACUGAUGCUCUCUACAAACAACACGCCGUGGAAGCCGAGUAUUCAGAAUUCGAUCGUCAAGGAUGGAGCGAAGCAAUUCAUAAGAUCGAAACUUCCGAAUACAUAGCCCGCAAGCUCUACACGGCUAGAACCCUCCAAUUGCCAGAGUAUGUGCGCAAGCUGGACUUGGCACGAAAGAAGUAUGACAACAUCAGUCAGGAUAUCGAGGCUAGUCUGAUUUCGCUGGCCACUCCAUUGCUGAACUUUGAGGGACAAGACGAAUUUCCCGACCCUGACGCGCAAGAAAAAGAAAUCUUGAGAAUCCAAGCCGAAAACGCGUUCAAGGACCAGAGAGGCAAAAUCGAGAAAUCGUUCAUCGCCCACAAGAAACUGGACAGACACGGUGUGCGAGCCGAAUUCGACCGAUCCAAAUGGAACGAAGCAAUGGUCGCGGUUGGAGAUAAAAUGAGCCAACUCGAUCCAGCGAACGUGGACGGGAUGUUCACGUCGCUGACGUCGGCCGAAUACAGAGAGAAAUUUUCUGAUAUUCUCCAGGAGGCAGAGCAGAUUGCGACCAAAAUCGAAGCCAAUAUUGUACUGCUGCAGAACAUGGAAGGCAAUAUUGAUCCCGCUUUGCUUUGAAACAUGGAAGCAAGCAAAGCCACCGCGCUGCCUCCCAUACCUUCACGCCCGCCGUGCACCGCUUCACACAGACGCGAGGCAAUACCUUCACCCGCGAACGUUUGGGAUUUUGCUUUUGGGAGGGAUUGAAUUUUGCGGUUUUUCGAGCACGGAGUUUGGGUUUUUGUUUUCGUUUUGGGACGGUAAUGAAUUUGAGGGGUUUUUGGGGUCGGAGUUUGAAUAUGAAGAAAAGGAC